GCAUCCCGGUGUCGGCAGUGCUCCUGGAGACCCAGCCCCAGGGGGGACAGGUGCUUGCAGGGGAGCGUCUGGUCCUCGUCUGCUCCGUGGCUGAAGGCACAGGGGACACCACGUUCUUCUGGCACAGAGAGGACACGGGGGAGAGUGUGGGGAGCAAGCGCCAGCGUUCCCGGAGAGCAGAGCUGGAGAUCCCUGCCGUCGGGGAGAGCCAUGCGGGUCGCUACUACUGCACGGCGGACAAUGGCCACGGCCUGGCCCGCAGCGGGGCCCUGAACGUCACCGUCACAGUUCCCGUGUCUCGUCCUGUCCUCACCCUCAGCACUCCUGGGGCCCGAGCUGUUGAGGGACAAAGGGCGACACUUCACUGUCAAGCCCGGAGAGGCUCACCCUGCAUCCUGUACCAGUUUUAUCAUGGAGAUGUCCCCCUGCGGAGCAGCUCGGCCCCCUCUGCAGGAGGGGCGUCCUUCAGUGUCACUCUGACUGCAGAGCACUCUGGGACCUACUCCUGCACCGCGGACAAUGGCUUCGGCCCCCAGCGCAGUGACACCAAGAGCCUGUUUGUCACAGUCCCAGCGUCCCGCCCUGUCCUCACCCUCAGGACUCCCAGGACCCGGGCCGUGGUGGGGGACGUGGUGGAGCUUCGAUGUGAGGCCCAGAGGGGCUCUCCCCCAAUCCUGUACCGGUUUUAUCACGAGGAUGUCACCCUGGGGAGCAGCUCGGCCCCCUCUGGAGGAGGAGCGUCCAUCAACCUCUCUCUGACUGCAAAACAUUCUGGAAACUAUGCCUGUGAAGCCAACAACGGCCUGGGGGCCCAGCACAGCGAGGUGGUGACACUCAGCGUCACAGUCCCAGCGUCCCGCCCCAUCCUCACCCUCAGGACUCCCAGGACCCGGGCCGUGGUGGGGGACGUGGUGGAGCUUCGCUGCGAGGCCCAGAGCGGCUCUCCCCCGAUCCAGUACCGGUUUUAUCACGAGGAUGUCACCCUGGGGAGCAGCUCGGCCCCCUCUGGAGGAGGAGCGUCCUUCAACCUCUCUCUGACCCCAGAACGUUCUGGAAACUACGCCUGUGAGGCUGAUAAUGGCCUGGGGGCCCAGCGCAGCGAAGCGGUGGCACUCGGCGUCACAGUCCCAGCGUCCCGCCCCGUCCUCACCCUCAGGGCGCCCGGGGCCCAGGCCUUCCCUGGGGACGUGGUGGAGCUUCGCUGUGAGGCCCAGAGCGGCUCUCCCCCGAUCCAGUACCGGUUUUAUCACGAGGAUGUCUCCCUGGGGAACAGCUUGGCCCCCUCUGGAGGAGGAGCGUCCUUCAACCUCUCUCUGACCCCAGAACAUUCUGGAAACUAUGCCUGUGAGGCUGAUAAUGGCCUGGGGGCCCAGCGCAGCGAGGCGGUUCCACUCUCCAUCUCAGGGCUGACAGGGAGCAGAAGCGGCUCUGUUGCCACCGGCGUGGCUGGGGGCCUGCUCAGCGUGGUGGGCCUCGCGGUCUUGGCACAGCUGCUGUAUUACCGCCUCCCCAGGAGAGCAGGAGGAAGACCGACCUCCGACCCCUCCAGGAGCCCUUCAGACUCGGACCCCCAGGAGCCCACCUACUACAAUGUUCCAGGCUGGAUGGAGCUGCAACCGGUGUACAGCAAUGUCAACCCUAAAGAAGGAGAUGUGGUGUACUCAGAAGUGCGGACGAUUCAGGAGGGGAACAGACAUGCAGCGGCUCCAAACUCCACAUUAAGGCUCCUCCAGACCCACCUGCCCUCCCACGGCCCGGCCGCCAGCCAGCAGCGGCUUUCCAGACCCCAGGGCUCCUCUGUCAUCUACUCGCAGGUAAAGGUGGCACCACUCCCCGCCUCCGCGGCUCCUCGCAGCUGAGUCCACACACCGGCCCUGCACCCUAAGCCAUCCUGGGGACAGGGACACGGAAGUGGGAAGAUCUGAGUGGCUCCAGGCCCCGUCCUGUGGCCUCGGCCAUCAGCGUGACCAGAGCACGGGACCUGCAGGACACUGCUGUUUCCCAAGUGACAGGCUGGAGCUUGUGGGUUUUUUGUCCAGUGACGUGUGUCUCCCGCCCAGGACCAUCUUAUCCCCUGGCUUCCUCAGCAGGCUUCAGCCACGGUCUCUUCUCUGAGUCCCACUCCCACAUACACCCCAAACUCUACCCAGUGGGGCCUGCUCCUGGACAUCUGUGGACAUCUGUGCCCUGUGGACACCUGUCCUCCCCACAGACAUCUGCCCCCGCCCCCCGUCAACACCCGUUCUCCCUGCGGACACCUGUCCUUCUCCCGAUGGACACCUGCCCUCCCACGGACAUGUGCCCCCCAGGGACACCUGUCCUCCCCACAGACACCUGUCCUCCCCCGAUGGGCACCUGCCCCCCACGGUGGCUUUCCUCAAUGGUCAUCACCCUGGCAGGACUACUGCAGCACUCAGCCAGGUGGGACAGCAUGUGGCCCUGGGAACAGGCACGGGCAGUCUGCGGACCUUCUCACCAUGGGGCUGCACUCUGUGCCCCCAUCUGCCUCAGACACUAAGGUCAGCCCCUGACACCAGGACAGCUUCUCCCCUGCAUACGGGCUGAUACCCCUGCCCGAGUCGGUGGGUUCACAGCCCCUUCCCAUGCGCCCUCCUGUGCGGGCACACAGAUGUCCUCUCACCCGUCACCGGGAGGAGACACACAUUCCAAGCAUGGGCCGUUCUGACAGAGCCACCUCCGAAUGUCAUAAAGACAGAGAACGGGGGAUGGAGGAGGUCUGACAGUCUAGUAGGGACCGUGAUCGGAUGCCAGAUCAAGAAGAAGCCACGGGAGAAAUUUUGGACACAGGGAAAAAAGAAUAUGAACUUUAUAGUAUUGAUACUAUUGAAUCAAUAAUCUGAUAUU